UCUGGGCGCGCUGGGCGGAGAGCCGAGCGGGGCCGGCGGCGGGCGGACAGGGCGGGCGCGUGCGGCGCAGGCCGGGCGCCGAAGACGAGGGGCCGCUGGCAGGCGCGUGCGGUAACCAGGCUUUGAUGCACCCUCAGGAAGUCUGCGUGCUCAAGGAGGCCACCCCCGCCGGCUGCUGCUCACAUGGUUUCUGGGCCCCUGGCACUCCGGUGGUGCCCGUGGGCAGGGCGCAGGGACAUGGGGCCCGACAUGGAGCUUCCCAGCCAUUCAAAACAGCUCUUGCUGCAGCUGAACCAGCAGAGGACCAAGGGCUUCCUGUGUGAUGUUAUCAUCAUGGUGGAGAAUUCUAUCUUCCGGGCCCACAAGAAUGUCCUGGCUGCUAGCAGCAUCUACUUCAAGUCCCUGGUCCUGCAUGACAACCUCAUCAACCUGGACACGGACAUGGUCAGCUCCAGUGUGUUCCAGCAGAUACUGGACUUCAUCUACACGGGCAAGCUGCUGCCUAGCGACCAGCCAUCUGAGCCAAACUUCAGCACUCUCCUCACUGCUGCCAGCUACCUCCAGCUGCCUGAGUUGGCAGCCCUCUGCCGCCGGAAACUGAAGCGAGCUGGGAAGCCCUUUGGCCUUGGACGAGUGGGUACUGCUGGCAUGGGGCGACCAACCCGCAGCCAGCGGCUGUCCACAGCCUCUGUCAUCCAGGCUCGGUAUCCAGGGCUUGUAGAUGGGCACAAAGGACACUCUGUUUCCCAGGAGCUCCCUCAGGCCAAAGGUUCAGAUGAUGAGCUUUUUCUGGGCAGUUCCGCCCAGGAGAGCUCACAUGGCCUGGGCUUGGGGGGCUGCUCAGCUGGUGGGGAGGUAGGGCUGGGGACCUGUAGCAACAGCACCAAUGGCAGUGGGGGCUGUGAACAGGAGCUGGGUCUGGACCUGUCCAAGAAGAGCCCACCCUUACCUCCUACAACCCCUGGCCCACACCUCACUCCUGAGGACCCUGCCCAGCUGAGUGACAGCCAGCGUGAAUCACCUGCACCCGCUUCAACCUCCACCCUGCCAGCUGGCAAUAGUGCCUCGUAUGUUGAGCUGCGGGCCACUCCUGAUGAGUCCAUGGAUCUGGAAGGGCCUGAGGAAAACCACCUGAGUCUGCUGGAAGGGCAGGGUGGGCAGCCUCGCAAGAGCCUCCGGCAUUUAGCCCGCAAAAAAGAUUGGAACAAGAAGGAGCCCGCGGCUGGGUCUCCUUUUGAUCGGAGAGAAACGGGGACUAAAGGUCCUUGCCCAGGGGAGGAAGGCGAGGGGUCUGGGGACAGGGUUCCCAAUGGCAUUCUGGCUAGCAGUGUUGGUGGAGGUGGCCCCAGUGGGUCAUAUGGGGAGCCGCCGUACCCCUGCAAGGAGGAGGAGGAGAAUGGCAAAGAUGGGAGUGAGGACAGUGGGCAGAGUGGGAGCGAGGGGGGCAGUGGCCACACUAGCGCCCACUAUGUGUAUCGGCAGGAAGGCUACGAGACGGUGUCGUAUGGGGACAACCUCUAUGUGUGCAUUCCCUGCGCCAAGGGCUUCCCCAGCUCUGAGCAGCUCAAUGCGCACGUGGAGACACACACAGAGGAGGAGCUGUUUAUCAAGGAAGAAGGGGCGUAUGAGACCGGCAGUGGGGGUGCGGAGGAGGAGGCUGAGGACCUGUCAACGCCCAGUGCUGCCUACGCAGCUGAGCCGCGUCCUUUCAAGUGCUCCGUCUGUGAGAAGACCUACAAGGACCCAGCCACACUGCGGCAACAUGAGAAGACACACUGGUUGACCCGUCCCUUCCCCUGCAACAUUUGUGGCAAGAUGUUCACACAGCGAGGCACUAUGACACGCCACAUGCGCAGCCACUUGGGCCUGAAGCCCUUUGCCUGUGAUGAGUGUGGCAUGCGCUUCACCCGCCAGUACCGCCUCACAGAGCACAUGCGUGUGCACUCAGGUGAGAAGCCCUAUGAGUGCCAGCUCUGUGGGGGCAAGUUCACCCAACAGCGCAACCUCAUCAGCCACCUGCGCAUGCACACUUCCCCUUCCUAGAAGCCAAAGACCCGCGGGAGCCCUCUGCAGACUUGCCACUUGGGAAUCCACGGAAGGAGAAGUGGGGAAGGGUGGUGGUGGGAGGGUUGAGCCCCAAAGUCUAGUACGAGGCUCCCGGCAGCCCCUCUGGCCCAGCCUUUCCACACCCAGAGCUUUAACCAACAGUGUACCAAGGGAAGCCGAGAGGAGAGAAGCUGACCGGUCUAGCCCUGUGCAUGUGGUGCUGUGACUAUUCUACCUCUCUGGUCCCACUUGGUUCCCCAGCUCCCUGGAGAGGCUGCUGAGGAGCCAGGUGGGAGUCCGUCACGUGGGUGGGUGUCCGUGGGACUUGCUUGGUCCCUUUCCUGCAGGCUGGGCUGGGGGAGGCACAAGGCUUCCUGUGGCCAAAAGUGGUGCCUGGAGCAGGCCAUGAGCUGGCAGGGACCUCGCCUGCGUGUGUGUGCAUGUGUGCUUGUGUGCAGUGUGACUCUGGUGUUGGGGAGCCGGUGCUGGGUGGCAGUUGCUUUCUCUGCUAGCUGGCACUGGGACAGUCAGGGUGACCCCACUGCCUACCUCUCUACAACUAAAGAGCCCUCUGGGCCUAUAGUGCUGUUAUUCCUACUGAGCUGUUCCUAUUUCUUUUUUACAGUUUUUAAGAGUUCUUUUUUAAAAACCAAAAUGAACAAUAUUUUCCUCCUGCCUCUUUAGGGAUGAGCCUGGGUCUGCAGACUGAAUGUAACUGAGGCAGCUGUCCCUCCCUGUCAUUUUCCCUAGUCCUGGUGCUUGGGCAUGUUUGAACCUGCCUCUCCAAGGCUCCAGAAGCCCUUCUUGCCCAAAGGCUUCCCUGAUCCUGAGCCCUGCCUUCCUGGAUUUCCUCAGGAGAACACGCUUUUUCCAUAAUUUCCCUUGUUAGAGGUACUUAUUUUUAUUGAGAACCCCCACCCUCAUGUAACUUCUAGAGAUGUUGAAACUGGAAGGUGUGAACUCUCAGAGGGUGGAGGGGAGGCUAGACUUGUGCCAGGGCCAUCGGUACUCGUGUAUAUGUGUGUGUGUGUGCGCGCGCGUGUGUAUGUAUUGCUUAUGCACAGAUGCUUCACUUCCUUGCUCACUGAACAAGGUGGAGAGCCUUCUGACCUUUGCUACCUCUUGAAUCCAAUACCAUAGUACAGUUGAGGCUGAGCUACUUGCUUUUGUUUUUUUAAUAGUGGGAGUAAGCUGGGCUUGGGCUGGCCCGAGCCUCUGUGGCCCCCAGUGUUCUCUGAAGGGAUGUCUGCUGCCCAGGGUAUGCUGUGGGGAAGGGGGCAGGUGCUGGGCACCUGAGUGACCGAAGCCAUGAGGAGGGAGCAGCUCUCUGCAUGGGUCAGGGUAAGGUGGAAGUGAGCCCUGGCCUGUGCCCUUUUGAGCUCUGAGGUAUAUCUAGUAGCCCGUUGCAGAGCCAGAGGUAAGAGUUGCCCUCCACCUAAGGACUUAGCCAGUAUUAGGGUCAAAGCUAACCUCUACAUGGGUGUCGGCCAGCCUCAGAUGUUUGCAUGGGCUCCAGCAAGGGGCAAGGCAAGACCAAGAUUGUGCUCUGCCCAGAUGAGUUACAGAAUUGGGUCUGUUGACCUUAUCAUGUUUCAUGGCUUUCAUUUUCCUUUCAAUUUUUACUUCAGACCAAAAAAUUCCAGCCUCCACCUUUCCAGAGACCCCCUAGUCUGAGUUCAGUACCCAGUGUCAGGUAUGGGAGUGAGGCAACCUGGCCAGGCCCACACGCAGUGCCCUUGCACUGAGCCAGUUCUUCAUUACCCCGUGCCUGUAAAUCUCGCUUCUUUGCUCUUACGAAUCAGACUCAACACCUCUGUUUAGCUCUGUACCCCAUUUUUUAAAUUGGAUUACUUGAUUUGUAAUCAAGUAAUGAAGACCCAGGUGCCAUUUCACCAAGGGAAUUGGCAGAGCGUGCUAGCCUCUGCACCCACCCACCCCACCAUACCCACCUCACCAGCACUUAAACCACAAGGUCUGCAUGGCAUGGGAACCCUGUGUGGCCUCCCAGGAUUUGGGCAGCCACAUCUACAGAAAAUUCAGGGACUGGGAGCAGAGCCCCUCACUCAGCAUGUCUGUUCGACAGAGUAUUGUAUCCACCUUAGUAUUGUACCAAACCUUUUCUGUAUUUUAAUGAGAAAACAAAACACUAGUUUCCUAUUUAAGAUUUUAAGGGUUGUUGGGAUGGGUGGGGUUUGUUUUCUUUUUCCUUUGUUUCCACUGGUGCAUGCUUUUGAGUGUCUCUGCCUGUGUGUCUGUGUGUGUGUAUGAGUGUGUGUGGAGAUGUUAAGAGCCUCAAGGAAAUCAGGCCAUAAGAGGCCAAGGCGGCUUACAGUUCUCUGUUUUAGUCAUGUAAUUUCUGAAUGUUUUGGAGAAACAGGAAACAGAAAAUAGCAGAUGUCAUGUAGGAAAAAUUAAAAAAAAAUCAAAAGAAAAAAAAAAAAGCUCAUACCCAAAUUCACAAAACCUAUUUUUUAAACCAAAGCACAUUUUGAAUGAGUAUGGAACCUCAGUGGGCUCAGAAGAAAAGAUACUAAUAUAUUUAUCUCAUUGUUUACAUAAACUUUUACAGUUUCAGACCUCAGCAGCUAUAACGCCAGCCCCAGGGAACUCUCCCCUCCCACCUGGGUCCUUCUGAGGCAGCCCUGGGUGCUGGGUAAGGACUAGAAGUUUCCCCUAGCUUCUCCUGAGCCCUCAUUCCCAUUUUGGGGGCCUCUUCAAGCUCAGCUGCCACCAAAGAGCGUGCACCACGCUGACCAGCCCCUAGGCUCCUGGUUGAACCCAAGGGUUGAAUGUUGGCCCUGCCCAUGCGCCUUGUGUUACUGUGAGAGUCACUCGGGCCAAAACACAGGGAGCUUUAGGAAGCUCAGCGGACUCCAUCUUGCACACGCCCUACCUGGGCAGCAGAAGGGGCUGACUUGAGUCUGGUCCUUACCAACAGAUGGUGCAAACACUCUCAACAGUGUUGUUUUUGUAUCAAUGUUUGUGCAGUGAUGAAUGUAUUUAUUUCUCAGACUUAGGGCAAGCUGGUGGAAGCAGGCCCGGCUCUGCCAGUGCCCACUCCCACCGGACCGAGCUACUGCAAGGGCUCUUCCAAGGUUGCAAAAAAGGAAAAGAUGAACUUGUGAAUACCACAUAAGGAUCUCAGACUUGCAGCAUAGCCAUACACCUCAGCCUGUGAUGCCUGACCUCACAGGACCCAGAAGUGUGUUUUUCCGUCCAUCACAACUGAGGGGAGCCAGGUCUCCACCUGCUGCCCACACUGUCAGUAUUCACUGGACCUCAGGUCCUUGUGCAGGAGUGCGAUCUGCUGGGCUGUCAGUAGGCAGACUGCUGCCUUCGUGAGUAGGGGAAAUCCUGGGCAGCCGGGAGGUCAGGCCUCAGGGAGCAAGUGCUGUGAACGAAGGCAGAAGCUAAGGGGCGUGGCCUGAAAAGAACAGACAGGCUCUCAAAGCCCUGCUGUGCUCCACUAAUGGGACCAAGGGCUUCCUUUCCCCAGUCACUGCGGGGCCAAUGUUACUGAACCUAUGAAAUGGAUGCCAGGAAUGAGGGCUAGAGAGGGACCCAACCUCAGUCUGACAUUCCGACCCGGGAAAGGGUGGAAGCUGUGCUGCCCAGGAUCCCCAUCCUAGGAGGCCUGCAGCUUCAGUUGCUUACUUUAACUCUACCAGGGACCCCUUCCCUACCUCACCUUGCUAUUUAUUGCUGUAAUUUAUUGACCUCAAAAAUGCUGCAUAACAGACCUCACUUGGGUCAGGGAGAAUUCCCAGGGUCCUCCCCUCCACUUGGUGGGGCCCCAUGGGUCCAGGUGCUGAAAGGAACCUCCCUGUACCUAACCCAUCACUCGUUUUUUCCAGGAGCCCCAGGUUGGGCUCUAUCCAUCCCAUUUGCAAAUACCUCAGGAGGGAUGGGGUAUAUCUGUUUCAUUUAAUUGGAACUGGAAGAGGGAUCAUGUCCUUUCUGCCCUUCCUGGAGCAGGGGAGGGAUGCUGGGAUCGCACUCCUGUAUGGUCGCCACUGUUGCCACUCAUCACAUUGAAUUGAGUUUACUUCCCUAAAGAGUUUGGAUGGAUGCAUUCAGGUCAGAGCUGCAGCUAUGCAGCCCUCCAGUGUCAGAGUGAUUUAUCAAGACUGAUCUCCAUUCAAAAGCGUGCAGUCUUAAUGUACAGUGAUGAGAAACUGUUAUUUUAUGAUCUUUUCAUUAAAAGCUUGAUUGAA